AUGGGUGCAAUCAUGACAGAUAAAGAAACACCUUUAGGUUAUGAUGAAAUUGAAGAAAAUGUAAAUACGUUGAAAGUCAAACUUAUGAAGGAUUCUACACCUCUUUAUCAAACAUUAUAUUCAGCUGGAACUUGA